UAACUACUGCCAUUAUUACAGGAUUUUAGCAGGAAUUUUCCCUCCUUUUAAUACCCAAUCUCUCCUUUUCACGUCAUUAAGACAGAAAAUUGAGAAAAAAUUAGACAAGGGAAAGUUUUUACUCACAAGAUUUUGAAUUCUUGAAAAUUUCAAGAUUAAAUUUUUUUGCCCCACCGCCUGUGAGUGAGAGUGCUGUUACUGUUCAAACAUCUCUUCUCCACAAAGAUUCCUCUAACUUUUUGGUUCCCUUUUCUCAUUUUUACUUGCAUUUCAAGCUGCCCACCUCAGAUCCAUGAUUAGGUACUCAGACAACUCAACAUCUCAGAAGGGGUGUUGAGUGUUUUCUUUUUUUGGUGAUGAAAUGCUCGUGAAAAUGAUGUGUGAGCUCUUUUAAGUGUGAAAUGUUACUGACAUUCCCAAUUGUAAGAGAAGCAGGUGAACUGUUUGGUGUUGAUCUUCCAGUUUUGGCAUUGUCUCCAAGUAUGUUCCAUUGCCAUUGUUAGCAGAUGAUCCUUAGACUAGGUGUGGAAUAAUGUCGAGGAUUUCUAAGUGGAAGCUUGAGAAGACAAAAGUAAAAGUGGUCUUUCGGCUUCAAUUUCAUGCCACACAUAUUCCACAAACUGGAUGGGAUAAGUUGUUUAUAUCAUUCAUCCCUGCUGAUUCCGGAAAGGCAACAGCUAAAACAACCAAAGCAAAUGUAAGAAAUGGAGCAUGUAAAUGGGCAGAUCCUAUUUAUGAAACUACUAGGCUUCUUCAAGAUUCUAAAAACAAGCAAUAUGAUGAGAAGCUCUACAAAAUCGUUGUGGCCAUGGGAUCUUCGCGGGCCAGCACACUUGGUGAGGCGACCAUCAACCUUGCUGAUUAUGUUGAUGCUUUAAAGCCUUCUGCUGUAACACUUCCUCUUCAAGGAUGCAAUUUUGGAACUAUAUUACAUAUCACUGUCCAGCUCCUGACCUCAAAAACUGGAUUUAGGGAAUUUGAGCAGCAGAGAGAACUCCGAGAAAGGGGAUUACAAUCAGGGGUUGAUAGUCAUGGCCAUAGUGCCACUGCCAAAAUAUCAUAUUCUGAGGACGUUACCAACGAGCAGUCUGAUAAGGUCAGUGCAAGAAUUAAAUUUAAAGCAGAUGCUAAUGAGCUCUCCUCAGUUGAAGAAGAGAUGAACCUGAAUGAAGAAUGUCGAGACUCGGCUAGUGGAUUUGAUGGCUCAUCCAAUACUUCCGAAAGUUUAUAUGCUGAGAAACAUGAGACUUGCAUUGCACAUGAGGUUGAUAGCCUCAAAAGUACAACUUCUGGUGAUGUACAUGCACUUUUGCAUUGUCAAAGUCCACUUAAAGUGAAAGGAGAUCCAUCUGAUCAGCAAGACAUGGCCCAAGGGAGUACUGGUUCUGCUCAGGGGUGGAGUUCAAACAAUUCCAUGGAUACCGAGUUAGCAAUGGCUUGUGAGGAGAACAAUCGACUAAAAGGAAGCUUGGAAUUGGCAGAAACAUCUUUUUUCAAUCUUAAGCUGGAAGUCAGCUCUUUGCAAAGCUUAGCUGAUGAGUUAGGUGCUGAGACACAAAAGUUUUCCCACCUUCUUGACGCUGAGAUAUCUUCAGGUGAAAAAUUGGCAAAAGAGGUAUCGGUCAUGAAAUCAGAGUGCCUGAAGUUCAAGGAUGAGAUAAUCAGGCUCAAAGAUUUCACAUUUAGUCCUCAAAUUCCUGUUACAGAAACAAGGGACAAUCAGAUUGAUCACUCAGUUCAGAAGUUGCAGCUUCAAUUUUUAAAAGGAAUUAGUGUAGUGGAAGGCAAGAUAAGAGAACUUCAGAACAAAAUUUAUAUUAUCCCCCAUGAUGGAGACACUAAAUUUAUUUACUUAGAGUUGGAAGCAUUGCUCAAUUUUCUGCUGGAUUUUAAACUUGAAAAUGGUGAAGUGACAAAAUUGCUGAAUGCAAUACCAUCAGAAAAACCAGAUGUGAAGGAGACUAGAGAACUGAGCACAUAUAAGGAUGAGCAGUUAGUAUCUGGAAAUGGGCUGGGCCUGGACUUGUGUCAGCCUGAAAGUAUUCUUCAGCAUUUCGGUAUGCCCCCUCUAGUGUCUGAGGUAGUUAACCCUGUAAGUACUAUUGAUGCAAUGAAAGGCCAGAUUUUUGAUCUUGUAAGGGAGUUGGAUGAGGCAAAAGUUGAAAAGGAAGCUCUUACGAGAAAAAUGGAUCAAAUGGAAUGUUAUUAUGAAGCCCUUAUUCAGGAAUUGGAGGAGAAUCAGAAGCGCAUGAUGGCAGAGUUGCAGCUCCUGAGGAAUGAGCAUUCUACUUGUCUGUACACAUUAUCUGCCAGCCAAACUGAAAUGGAAACAUUGCGUCAAGAUAUGAAUCAGCAGAUGCUACGAUUUGUGGAAGAGAGGCAUGAGUUGGAAACCCUCAACAAGGAGCUUGAGAAAAGGGUGACAACUUCAGAAGCUGCACUUAGAAGAGCCCGCUUAAAUUACUCAAUUGCAGUUGAUAAAUUACAAAAAGACCUUGAGCUGCUUUCCUCGCAGGUUAUUUCCAUGUUUGAGACUAAUGAAAACCUUAUCAAGCAGGCUUUACCUUCGCAACCACUGUCAGAAGGAGACCUGAAGUUAAUGCAUAAUCCAGAAGAUGACGAGAUUACAAAAUUAUUGCAGUUUCAGAAUCAUAACUUGGGUUUGAAGAAAAGGUCAGUGGGUGGGGAUAUUCUCUUAGAAGACUUGAGGAGAUCUGUCUGCUUGCAGGAAGAGCUUUAUCAAAAGGUUGAAGAGGAACUUAUAGAAAUGUAUUCUGUAAACUUGAACUUGGAUAUAUACUCUAAGGCAUUGCAAGAAUCCUUGCACGAAGCUGAAGCUGACAUUAGAAUCAUGAGGGGAAAAUUGAAUGAACUUGCCGAGGAGUUGAAACUUUCAACUGCUUCUCAGAAUGAGUUGAUGAUAAGGUUCCAGAAAGCCACAACUGAUAUUCAUGCACUUAAUGAGUACAAAUCUAAUAGCAUUUCCCAGUUCAGUGAUAUGGCUAUGCAAAAUCAGCUUUUAGAAGAUAAAUUAGUAAGUAUUUCCAAGGAGAAUUAUCUUCUUGAUCAGAAGCUGAAAGAAUGUGAAAACACUAUGACUGAAUACAGGGGUUACCAAAGUAAAUAUGCAGCGUGUUUGGCUGAGAAUACAGAGCUGUCUCUCCAGUUAAAACAGGAAGCAGCUGAAAAUGAGAAGCUUGCAAAUGAAAUGUCACUUUUAAAGGAAAAUUUGAAGAUCCUUAAGUCUGAAUCAGAUGAAUUGGUUUCUGUCAAGGAAACUCUCGAGGAAGAUCUGAGUUUUGCACAUGAUAAGUUGGUCAAUCUGUUGGAAUCUUACAAGAAACAAUUUUGUUCUCUUGCUAAUUGUCAGAGCCUCGAUUUGGAAAGCGUGGAUAUAAGUGAUGCCAUUUUGAAGUUAGAAGAAAUCCAGCAUAAUGUUUGUGUGAGAAUUUGUCAACUGAUGGAAGAGAAUCAAAAUCUAGAAAGUGAGAAAGUCACUGCUGAUGCAUCCUUGAGCACUGUUAGAUCUGAAAUUCUGGUGACGAAACAGAAGUUCAAAAGUGACAUACAAGAUAUGGUUACUAAACUAGAUGUGUCCAAUGCUCUUGUGAACAAACUUCUAGCUGAACUCGAAUCAAUUGCUAGCAAAAUCCACUUCAGUUCUGAAAUCGAAGGGAAGUAUGCCCAGCAGAGCAGAGUACUUUUAGACGAGCUUAAUCAUCUCGAAGAUCAAAUGCAAGAGCUGACAUGUAAAAAUGGUCACUUUGCUCAAGAGAUCUUGGGCUUGGAUGCUCUGGCAGAAGAACUUGGGAGGAGUCAAUUAACCGUCACUGAGCUAGUACACGAUAAGCAAGACUUAGCAAUGCGCUUACAUGAUAAAACUGAAGAAUCUAUCAAGCUUUCAUGUGAAAUUAGCUGUCUGAAAGAAAAUUUGAAAAAUUUGAAUAACGAGUUGCAUGAGGAGAAGGUUUACAAGGAUGAACUGGAGGUGAAAGUUAGACAUCUAACUUCUCAGUUGAGCAUGGAUCAGGAUAAAUUGCUUAUCUUCGAACAGCAACAAACUGAACUCAUGCAUGUUAGGGAACUGGCAUCAGAUCUUGAAUUGGAGAAAUCUAGACUUGCUCAUCUUUUGGGUCAGCAAAAUGUGCUUAUAGAAAAACUUAAGAGGAAUAAUUCCUAUCAAGCUAGUCUUGAAAGUCAGUUAGUGGAAAUGCAUGACUACUCACUUUUGGUGGAUGUUAAACUUACUUAUGUUGCAAACCAGUAUGAAGCUUUACUUGAAGAACUUCUGCAGAAACUUGUGUACUCAGAGGGGUGUCUCAGGGAGCUUCAUAAAAGGUAUCGUGAUACAGAGGCUAUGUUGAAUCACUGUCAUGAAAGUGAAGCUAACUGGAGGGAAGAAAAAGCUGACUUGUUGACAAGUCUUAAAAACCUAAGAUCGGAUUUAGAAGUCUCUGCAGCUCAAAACAAGCUUUUUUCAGAUUCCAACAAGGAGAUCACUGAUCAACUUGAGGAGUGCAACAGGAAGCUGACAAUGAUGGAAACCAGCUUUACGUUGGACAACACUCUUCAAGCUUCUGAAGUGGAAAGGCUAAAAAGCAUGAUGACAGAUGCUGAGGAAGAAAUCAAUUGCUUGACUUAUACAAAAGAGGAAUUGGAAAUUUUAGUUAUAGUACUCAAAGGCAAAGUUGACGAACAGUCUGCUUAUAUAACUUUGCUGGAGGAACGCAAAGAUGAACUGAUGAUGCUUCGCUCCAAGUGCAAUGAACUUUCUCAUAAGCUCUCUGAACAGGUUUUGAAGACAGAAGAAUUUAAGAACUUAUCUACCCAUUUGAAGGAGCUUAAAGACAAGGCUGAGGCUGAAUGUCUUGUAGCUCGUGAAAAAAGAGAAACUGAAGCACCACCAGCUGCUGUGCAAGAUUCCCUGCGAAUUGCGUUUAUCAAAGAACAAUAUGAAACAAAAAUCCAAGAGCUUAAGCAACAGCUUUCUAUGUCCAAAAAGCAUGGGGAGGAGAUGCUUUUGAAGCUGCAAGAUGCAAUUGAUGAAAUUGAGAACAGGAAGAAGUCUGAAGCUGUGAACUUGAAGAGGAAUGAAGAGCUCUCAGUCAGACUGUCGGCAUUGGAAGCUGAAUUGCAGUCAGCACUUGCGGAAAAGCGUGAAAAAAGCAAAGCUUAUGACCGAACAAUGGCUGAGCUGGAAUGUGCAUUACUAAGUCUAGAAUGUUGCAAGGAAGAAAAAGAUAAGCUUGGAGCUUCUUUGCUUGAAUUUGAAGCAGAAAAAUCUCGACUUGCUACUGAACUUACUUCCGUCAAGGGUCAACUGGAGGAUUUAAAAUCUUCGAUGAAGUUUGAAAAGGAUGAAUACGGCUCUCUGACUGAAGUAGAGCACACACUCAAUGGAUCAACUGGUAACUCAUCCCCAAUCUUCUUGGAGCGGGAUGAGACAAUGUGUGGUAUUAAAAGAGAAAAAGUUAUGUCGAUCGUAGAAUGUGAAAAUGCAGAUUCAACUGAGUCUGUGCACUUCCAAGUUGUUCAGGAUGAUGCAUCUAAAUGCAUGCACCAGAAUCCCAAGGUAAUUGUUACAGAAGGGUUCCUACAGAGCAAUGGCAAGAGUUUAAAUGUUAAUGAUGAGCUGGGAGCCCAAAGAUUGAAAUCUAGCAUUGAGCAUUUACAUGAAGAGCUGGAAAAGAUGAAAAAUGAAAACACGAUCUUCGAUUAUGAAGUGGACCCGGGUUCUGAAGUCCCACAAAGAGAAAUCAUGCAACUGCAUAAAGCAAAUGAAGAGCUUAGAAGCAUGUUUCCUUCUUUCAAUGAAAUUUCCAGUGAUGGGAAUGCAUUACAAAGGGUUCUUGCACUGGAAGUUGAGCUUGCUGAAGCGUUGAGGGUAAAGAAUAAAUUGAAUGUCCAAUUCCAGAGUUCUUUCCUGAAACAACAUAGCGAUGAGGAAGCAGUUUUCAGAAGCUUCAGAGACAUCAACGAGCUGAUCAAAGAAAUGUUGGAACUCAAGGGAAGGCAUGUUGCUAUGGAGACUGAACUGAGAGAUAUGCACGAAAGGUACUCCCGUCUGAGCCUCCAGUUCGCAGAGGUUGAAGGCGAGAGACAGAAACUCAAGAUGACACUAAAGAACGUCCGAUCAUCCAGGAAGCCCAUUGGCUUAGAUCGAUCAUCAUCUGCCAACGUUAUGGACCUCCCAUCCUAGGAAGACAUUUAAGUACCAUUUUUGUGUCGUUUUUUGUUCAUCCUUCUUCCACAGUUGAUCCAUCUGAAGCUGUAGAAGCCACAUGGGUACCAACGUACCGUCGGUCGGCUGCAGAGCCUCUACUCGUAGUUUCGGGGAUGCUGAAGAUAAUUGCGGUCCUCCAUGUAAAUAAUUGUUGAAG